CUUCCGCCGGGUCUCCGCCGCUAGCGGCUGUACCAUAAGUGUUCCAGCUGCUCCAUCCCCGACGGUGGCUACACCAACAGUGCCAGCAGUUGAUGUCUCCUCCCUCACCCACCAGGACACCUCAGUGCUGUCUGUAGACGACAGGACGAUUUCGAUUACUCAUUGAUGCCUUCUCCUUAACUGUGCUGGCCCUGAUCACACAGAAGAUGACAACUUCCACGAUCUCCUGAACUCUCACGAACCCCCAGAUACGCGAUGAUGAACGGUCGUGAACCUUUGCGCGGGUAUCCGCCCAGUAACGUCUCACCUCCAAAGGAACGACGGCCCAUGGGGGAUGCCCGCAAUGGCAGUGGCCCACGGCCUGGUGAUGGGUCUAUGUCAAGGGCUGAGAAGUUUGAGGACGAGAAGCGGAGGAUUGUCCGGAGCUGUUUUUCAAAGCAGGACAGUGACGGGUCAGUCGCGGAAUCAUACAUUACACACAUUCGCAUCACAGAAGAUGCCGCGUAUCCAUCUAGCCCUGCCCCGCCCAAUUCGGCACCCGACAACAAAAAGGCAAGAGUGAUUAUUGUUGCGGUUAGGAGAUCAGGAAGGGUGCGCAUGCACAAAGCUCGAGAAAAUAGUGACGGGUCAUUCUCCAUUGGAAAAACAUGGAUGUUGGACGAUCUCUCCGCCAUUCAAACAUAUACCGCCCUGCAGCCGACUUCGCCUCAGGAGCAACAGUACAAACAAUGGGCCUCUAAUGUUGGAUUCGUGGUUACAAUUGGAAAGCCAUAUUACUGGCAGGCUGCCACGGCCAAGGAAAAGGACUUUUUCAUCGGUAGUUUGGUGAAAAUCUAUAAGAAGUACACUGCAGGCAAAGUCCCCAACCUCAUUGGAUUCGACGAGCGUGAACGACUCCAGCUCCUUGGGGCAGGGUCCGCCGCGGCUUCUGGUGCCAAAAUGCCCCCCCAGGCUGCUCAACGUCCAGACGCCGCAUUGCCCCCUCCACGCCCACCGUCUCCACGGAGACCUCAAUCUCCAUAUUCCGGUCGUGCCCCCAGUCGUGAUGGGAAUAAGGAUGCCAGGCGACAGCGUCCAGAUGAGCCGAUGCUCCGUAGCCAACGGAGUCGUGAACAGAUGGGAAGACCGCCUGUGAGACCUGGUCAACAACUACCUGUCCCUGCGCUCUCAUCGUCGCGAGACCAGCCCCCUGCGAGACCUGAGCGGCCUGAACGGCCUGAGGGUACAGCGAUGCAGGAGAGCAGACCUCCCCCGUCUCGAGAUGGCAAAGGCAUGGUGGAUCUCAGACUGGGCAGAACUCGAGAUGCAGCCCCCGACUACCCGCGAGACAAAGAAACACUCCGACCUACCACUCCCGCCUCUGUAUCUGAACAGGCUCAACCUACAGCGCAAAGUCCAGCAGUCAGUUUAGGGCAGCGAACGAUGUUGUCUGAAACUACCGGCAGAGAUCAGGCGCCGUCUCGUGGAAGUGACAGGCUCCAGACUCGCGAUGUGUCCGACUAUCCAAGCUCUCUUCGUCCAGGCUCUUCCAGCAGCAGUAUCCUGAAAACCACAUCAGCACUGUCAGCGGAGGCGCAAGCAGAGGCAGAGGCAGAGGCGGAGGCGGAGGAGCAGGCACAGAAAGAAAAGGCAGAUGACUUGAGUCUUCCUUUGCAAGGUACAACUAGCGAACCGGCUACAGAGCCAGCCGUCAUUGCGACACCUGCAGUUCAGCCACUAGAAAGAUCUGCAACGGAACCAACAGCUGAUCAGGCCCAAGAGGAAGAGGCGCAUCGGCCCGGCCUUGGGCCCAUGGUAAAAAAGAAACCCGGCAAAGACCUCGCUGGUGCUCUCCGGAAGGCAGCCACCGCAUAUGGGGCUUUCAAGCCCAGAGCUGGAGGUGCUGCUGAGAGACUGAUGGCUGCGGCAAAGAAGAGCGCAGCAAAUGAGCCUGACGGUAUUACUGGUGUCGUCCCUGCGCCGCUGCUCCGCGGGACCAGCAACGAUUCGAUGCAGUCUGCGCAUACUGCACCCGAGACACCGCUUAAAGAGACACCCACACUUGCACCCGCGGCGGUUGCACCAGCAGCAGCUACACCAGUGGCAGUUACGCCUUCAGAAGAACUGCCUACUUUCGAGAUUACCCAACCUGCGGCUGAACAGGCAGCCCAGGUGGCAAAAGAUGAGGCUCUCGAUGCGUCGAAAGAAGUUACAGAGGAAAGGUCUAGGUCUAAGUCACCGUCUCCAAGUGGACGGCGCAGGAAACGCCGCGAAGACCGUACCGCCAAGUAUUGCGAGGCCCUUGGCAUCGAUCCGGCUGUCCUUGAAGGACGCGGCGCCGAGUUUGAUGAUAUUUUGACAGACCUGGGAUGGAACGGUCGACUGAGCGAUGAUAAGAAGAUCGAAGAUCUCGAGGCAGAUGUGCGUCGAGAGAUUGGCCGGGUCCAGGCUAGCAGCUGGUUGGGUAAUCUGGAGCAGCAGGAAGGGAAGGUAGACCAACUCGCGAAGCUCAUCGACAAGACAAUCGAAGAGUGUGAGGAGCUGGACGGCCUUCUCACGCUGUAUUCGCAUGAACUGAAUACCCUUAACGACGACGUCGCAUUUAUCGAAGCUCAGUCACAGGGUCUGCAGGUGCAGACGGCGAAUCAGAAGCUCCUCCAGAAUGAGCUGCAGAAUCUUCUGAAGACUCUUUCCAUCUCCUCGGAUGCCCUUCAGCCGUUGAAGGAGGCUUCUCUCAGUAAUCCAGAUGGCAUCAAGGAGACCGAAGUGGUACUCUCUACGUUGUACAAAGCGUUGCUCAUGAUCGACUCUAAUAUCGGUCAAAACAAGAAGCGUAUGGCUGACGCUGCUGGUGAGCAAGGUAGUAUCGGUAUCUAUGCCGAUACGGAAGUGGGACAGAUGCGGGCCAUCAGAGAGAAGAAGGAGGAGUACCGGUCUGAAGCCCGGCUGUUCUUGCAGCGCCUGAGGCAGUUUAUGUCGAUUGCGUUCAAGAUGGCAGAACAGAAGGUAAUCGAUGCAGCAAACAGCGCGUCUAAAGACCCUCUGAGAUUGGACAGCGCCCCUCGUGAGGCGGCUCGUCAGGAGCUUUGGAUCUACAAUGCUCUUAUGCUCUUUGCCCGGGAAGUUAGCACGUCCGAAUGGAACGGAAUUAUCGGGCUUUAUGAACAGGAAGCCAAGGGACCUUAUCAGAAUGAGUUCCGGGAGAAUAAUUUUGCCUGGAAGAAAGCCGCCAAAAAGCCUACGGGCGACGAGCAUGAACUGCUUUUUACCCAUCAAGAAAAGGAAAAAGAGAGCGAAGGCAUCACGACGGCUGCCCGUAAACUGACCGUGAGACGAGGCAAGACCAUGAAGAUCGGACAAGGCCUCCGGCCUUCCCUGAGCGGAGAGAAGCAGGGUGGGAAGUUGGAGCCUUGCGAAGUAUUUGCCGGCACCCUGCAAGAGACAGUGAGAUCGAUUGCCGAGGAACAGAACUUUAUCGUGCAGUUCUUCCACUUGAAUUCACUCACCACCGUCGAGUUCCCUGAUCUGGUGGCUGGUAGCGAUCCUGAGCGCCGCAGGAAACCCGAUAUGAGCGUCCGACAGAUGCAUGACCCUGACCGUGAGAUGGCGCGGAAAGUGGAACAGAUCAUGGAUGACAUCUAUGCCUUCUGGCCGAAUGAUGUCCAGAGCCUGGUCGACUGGGCCAUCAAGUCCGAUCAACUGCAAGGAGUCGGCAUUUUACACGCGUUGGAGAAAGCCAUUACGGACUUUGAGGACACCAACCAGGAGUUCAUUGUGCAUUCGCUCCAGAAACUGCACACCCGGCUGUCGGGGCUGUUUAGCCGCUUCGUCGACGAUCAGAUCCGCGGCAUCGAAGAGACCAAGGUCAAGGUCAACAAGCGGAAGGGUGUCAUCUCGUUCAUGCGGACGUUCCCGAACUUCUCUGCUGCCAUUGAGAACAUGCUGGCGGCCCCGGAGCAGGACUUCUCCGAUAUCCGUCUGAGCGUCAACGAGGCGUACAACAAGAUCAACCAGGCAAUGUGGGAGAGCUUGAAAUUCAUUGCCAAGGAGGCGCCCGGCCAGCAGCCGGGUGCUACGACGGGCGCUGGCGACCCGGAGGACAAGGAGGCCUUGAAUUACCAUAUCCUGCUGAUCGAGAACAUGAACCACUACGUCGAGGAAGUGGAUGUGCGAGGCAUUCCAGUGCUGGAGCGCUGGCGCGAACGGGCGAUACAAGACAUGGGCGAGCACAUGCGGCUGUACAUGGAUGCGGUGAUCCGUCGACCGCUUGGCAAGCUCCUUGAGUUUGUGGAGUCGACCGAGUCGCUGAUGGCGACGACCAGUAAUCCCGCCGACGUUGCGUCCCGGGCGAGCCACUCGCGGUCCGUGGCGAAGAAAGUGUUUGCGAGCUACGAUGCGAAGGAGGUGCGUCGGGGCGCUGAACUGCUGAGGAAGCGGGUCGAGAAGCACUUUGGCGAGUCGGAUGACACGACGCUCAGUCGCAACUUGGUGGCCAAGGUGCUGCAGGAGUGUGAGGCUCGAUACGCGAGCACGUACGACCGGACGUUGCGGAUCAUCGACACGGUCUACGAGGGCCAGCUGGACCUGGAGUGGCGCAAGGAAGAAGCUACUGCGAUGUUCAAGCGGUGAAGCGACAUGAGGUGAUGGACCGCCUUCAUGCGUCGUGCUCUUCUUCUCUUCUUCUCUUCUU